AGGGUUCUCCGAACGCCCUAUUGGCAUGGCAAGCCCGACUCGGCUGCCUUCGCGGCGUAGCCGACCCGUAACAAUGAUCGAACACCUCUACUCGGCAGGCGAAAAGGAGAAGCCUGCUGCCGACCUUCGCUCGAAAGACUUCCGGGGGAGAAGGGACAAUUCGGGAGAAUGAUGUGACAGAAGAGGCCGGCAGCCGGCCAGUCAGCCUUGCAGACAGUACAGCAGACUCUGUCAGUGUGACGAGUGCUGUGUCAGACGAGCCACGCCAAGCUAUGGACUCCGCUGAUAGACGAGCCAUGCCACCUCCUCCGUCUAAGCUAAGCAGGCCAGCAUCCAUCUAUGGGCCGAAUGGACCAGGACGCACGCCGUCUGUGCGAUCAGAUAAAGAACGUAGGCCUAAAUCCCAAGAUGCUCGCGCUGAAGCACUGGCGGUUUUGACUGGAGCACGAGCCGUGGCGGAAGCGAAUCCCCCAUUGAAAGAAGCGUACGUCAAACGAACGCACUCAACUAGAGCCCCACAGUCACCGGCAGCAAAUGGCUCGACACGCGGGGCGAACGUUCGUACCAAGGAGCCAGCAGCCCCUAUGAACAGCGUCAAUACAAGAGUGCCCGAGCACCGCUCCCUAGCAUUCAAAGCUCGCCCACCGUCGAUCGAUGGGGCAGCAACGGCACUCCCACCGGGUGUGUGCUCCCCUACCUCGCCUGCCCGAUCUGCCUCGUCUCGGCAAAGCACAAUAUCCCAGUCGCAAGUUUUGCAGCCUUCGCGCGCAGCAUUCACAACGUUUCAGCAGCAUUACAGUCCCGCAAAGUCAUCGCUGCCAAAGCCGCCGGUACCGACAGGACGUAGCAGGAAGGACGUGAGUGUGUGUGACGUCGAGCCAUCCGAUUUUGUAACGACCGUACAGCAAGUUGAACUGCUGCAAUUGUCACUACUGCAUCAGGCUUCCAUUGCAGUAUCACGGGAGUACGCCGCAAGUGCGAACCGCAAGCUAACCAGGAAGCAAGCAAAGUUACGGAAAGGCUACGGCGAUAUCGCCUCCCUCACAUACGAACAGCAGCGUAUCGCGGACCUCUCGACGCUGAACGCUUGGUGUCCUGACUUCGAUCUGUUGUCUGAGCAACUCUCUGUCUUGACUAGAGUACAUUCGGAGCUAUCAGACCUCUUGCAUAAUGCUAACAGCAAAUUCAUGCAAUUGCUGCAAGGUUUCGAGGGGUGGAUUGCCCGCAGUGAUGCACAGCCAAAUGCCAUCGAGCCUCUACCGCCGGAGUGGCACAACGCCCAUAGCUCCCUCACUCUUCGUCUGCGCUCCCUGCAAAGGGAUUCCGCUGUGUUGCCACCCGUGCCUACCAACUCCGGCGACACCGAGGAUGCCAGUUCGAGCCUGCGCACAGUCUUGGGGGUUUGCAGCACGCUUCUUGAUGGGAGCCUCAAGGAGCUGGAAAUGAUGAGAAAGCUUGAACGUGAAAUCUUGCUUGGGAAUAGAACAAGGAUAGAUGAGGAGGUAAAAUCCCUGAUGCAAGAAGACAUCCCAACGAGCAGCGCAGAUUUGAAGUGGUUGCCCGCUUGGCACCUAGUAGCAUAGGAAUCUACGUAAACCUCACAUUGCAAACCUGCUUCAUAGAAGGCACAAAGUUUACGAAUCAUUGUACCAUAUUAGUAGCCAAAGCACCAAGCAGACUGCAAGCAGCGUAGAGCUCUAUGCUCGAUUCGCAGUGCCCCAUGUUGUAAGCCUAAUUAGCCGGUUUAGCCGGCGUCAACUGUGGCAUCAGACCCACGCAGCUCUGUCUGUUGUUCAACGG